CUGACCGCGAUGGGAGCCGGCCAAUCGAGUCAGGCGUUGGAUCCCUCAGGCACCCCGCCCUCCACCGCUCUCCACGUUCUUCGUGUUACGCCUGACUCCCCGGCCUCUAAAACAUCCAUCGAACCACUAUUUGACUUCGUCGUUGGAUUCGAAGACGAGUCCUUGACGUCUACUAUUGACGUAGCUGUUUUAGAACGGAUUGUUGAGGGACAUGAAGGCCGAACGUUAAACCUCCUUGUCUGGAAUGCGAAAAAUAGAGAAACCCGAGUCGUUCAAAUCGUUCCGUCGCGAAAAUGGUCACUUCCAAGCGGCCCUUCUUCACCAGACGCGCAACCAUCUCUUCUUGGACUCAGCAUGCGAAUGUGUGAGCCUGAAGUCGCGCUUGACACUGUUUGGCACGUUCUCGAUGUGUUAGAAGGCUCGCCUGCGGAAAGUGCUGGUCUCGUUCCCUAUGGAGACUACAUCACUGGCUGGUCUGGUGGAGUCUUGAGCUCAGAAAAUGACUUUUAUGACCUUGUUGAAGCGCAUAUUGACAAACCAUUGCAAGUCUAUGUUUAUUCUCAUGAUUUCGAUGCAUUGCGGGAAGUUGUACUGGUGCCGAAUCGACACUGGGGCGGAGAGGGAUUGUUAGGUUGCGUAUUUGGAUAUGGACUACUGCAUCGUAUUCCGCCUCAACCAGCCGACCGCAUCGCAGGCGCAUCGACGCCUCCAGAGCUUCACGAGCCGGAUGAUGAAUUCGAGGAACAAGAACUCUUCGUUCCUGCCGACGUACAUUACCCACAACCAAGAUUACCCAUGAACCUUCAACGACAAGAGGAGGAUUGGCAUUCGACCCAGGUGGAUACAAUACAGGAGGAGGACCUCACUCAACGCUGCUUCUUCAUUCCGGCGUGUGUCAACAGGCAGUCCCACACCUGUAUUCUCAUCACCCAGCAGAGUCCCAAGUCUCAAUCAUUCGGCUAUUCAUAG